AUGGCUCCAUCCGCGACCACGACCCAGCCAGUGUCUUCGAAGAUAAAGCGCCCAGUACCGCCUGGUAUCCAGACAAAUGGAAUCAACUCAUCGGCUUCCUCCCCAUCACCGUCUAUGUCUGCGAGCAGACUUCCCUCCGGUUCCAAAAUGGGCCCGAACUCAGCUACAAGCAAUGGGGUUGGAAACAAUUCAGCGGUGCGGCCUCCGAAUCGCACCAGACGCGAAGCCCCACCUCAGUUACUUGGAAGAGGUCAGAGGAAUGGCAGCGUAGGGUUGGGGCUGCGGUCUGGAAGCAUCGUUGGAGACUCUGUGGUGGCUCAAACACUUACCCCGCAACCAUAUGUGAAAUCCAACGAAUAUAUCCUAAAAAAGUACCACGGCCAACCGCCGUCUCUCAUGAUCCAUCUUCACCCAACACAUUUUCGGUUUGACCAGCAAGAGGGCAGUUUCUCGUAUAAAUCUCCAAUGAAGAUGGUGCUCGAACAUAUUAGGAGUGGAACCAUUCCCCAUGACCUCAUCGAAUAUUUUACGGAUGUUCCCUUCUAUGAGGGUUGCAUGAUUGUUCAAAUAUACGACCAUAAAUCCGCUGCUCCCGCACAAGGAUCGACUCGAACAAACACAAGCGCCACGAAAACCGUUCCAUUUUCUGUCCACAAUUACAAUGCUUACUUAACCCCCUCAUCCUAUGUUCCAUAUCCUGCGCAGAACACGAUCUCUGGGAAAGGGAAGCUUCUUGCGGAUGAAGUUGAUGAUAAGCCAAAAAGCGCUGAACAAACGGACAAGGAAAAUAUGCCAGCGCCUUCGAUACCUAACGACGGUCAACGGAAUAAGGGAGCUGGACCAAGAAAACCCAAAAUACAUACUACCGUUCUGCACCCCACUCCUCUCAGCAGCCACGUUGAUCUGGCGACUAAAGCAGCUGAGGCUCGUUUCGGCAUAGAUGGGCGAAGGGAUUCUCGACAAGACGGAGGCCCAUUAUCUGCAACUGUGCCACCUACUCCUACCACGGCGAUACCUUCUACCCCGCAGAUUAGUAUGGCUCCACCUGCGAAACGAGUGAAAAGGACCAAGGUGGAUCUGGAUAGCGCCAACAUCCAUGCGGCAGAGGGACAGAUCAUUCACCUCACAACGGCUCCGCUGAAUCUUGAUCCUGUAGGCAAUGCAAGGGAGAUGGCGGCUCUUUUAGACUCCUUAGCUCAUCCGAUGCACUCAGAGAAGCCGCCGUUGCCAAAGAGCCGGAAGAGGACUGUCGCUGAGAUGGCUGCGGAUGAGGCAUUUGCUGCCGAGCAAGAGCGCUACAUGCUCAUCCUAGACGAGAGGCUAUCAUCGAAUACAGUAAAUGCCCAAGGGGGUGCCAAUCCCACCGACGGCGAUGGUCAAGCUGGUGGGGCUUCCUUUGAGCCACGGUUCGAGAAGUUCAAGGCUCUUGAAAAUAUCAAAAAUCAACACGAGGAGAAUAAGAAGAUCGAGAAACAAAGACGGGACGAAGCUGAGAGGAAACUUCAACAAGAGCGAGAGAGGAACAAGCUCAGAGAUGAGGCUAAGGAGCGGGAUCAAGAGAAGCUGCGGAAUAUGGCUGCUCAGCAGCAACAAGCUGCGAGACAUCAGCAACAGCAACAGCAAGCCCAACAAGAAGCUCACCGACGUUCUCAAAUGCAAGCCCAGCAGUUACAACAAGGGAUGCAGGCUCAGGUUCAAGCUCAACAUGCCCAUCCUCAGGCGAAUGGAACUAUGGCAAAUGGACUCCCCCCGCAAUCUCAACGUUUCCAUCAACAACAGGUCUCGCAGGCACAGGCUUCUUCUCCUAUUGUUCGCAACGAGACACCGCAGAGCCAUUCUUCUCCCACCGUGAAUACAAUGGGCAAUGUGCCUAUGCAACAAUCUACAUCAAGCAUGGGUGGAAGCCCUCCACGUCCUGGAUCUGUUGUUCAGCAAGGUCAUCCUCAGAUGGGAGCUCCUCCCGGCAUGAGUGCUCAGAGAAGCCAGCAAAGUCAUGCUGGGACUCCCAGGAUGCCAAAUUCCACUCCCAACGUGCAAUCUACGCCUCUUAGUCGUCAAAUGAGCCAGACUCCAAGGAUGAGCCAAGGAAGCCCGAUGCAGGGACCCAUGGCACAAGCUCCGCAAAUGCAGCAGAUGAUGCAAAUGAAUCCGGCUCUUCAACAACAGAGGUUGCAAAUGAUGCAAAACCAACAGGCCGCUCAGAGAAUGGGUGGGAUGAUGGGAGGAGGUCAACAAAUGCAACAAAUGAGCCCACAACAAAUUAUGCAGGCACAGAUGAUGCGCGCUCAGCAGCAGCAAGCUCAGCAACAGGGCAUACCAGCACAAUUAGCUCAAAAUUAUGCAGCCACAAUGGCGGCCAUGGCUCAGCGGUCUGGAGGCAUCCCACCGAAUAUGAACAUGAACUUCGGCAACAAUCAAAGCAUGGCAAACAUGCAAGGUAUGAACAUGCAACAGGUGCAGCAAAUACAACAAAUGCAACAUAUGCAACAGGCACGAGCUCAAGCACAAGCACAGGCACAGGCACAAGCCCACGCACAUGCCCAAGCUCAGGCUCAGGCCCAAGCCCAAGCUCAAGCUCAAGCACAAGUCCAAACGCCUCAACAUCAAAUGAUCCAGCAACAGAUCCUGGCAGCCGCCAACACGAUUUAUAAUCAACAGAGACCAAUUCUAAUGCAACAAUAUCCUAAUGGGAUUCUUCCAGAAGAAGCUGACAAAAAUUUGAGGGGGAGGUGCCAACAUCUCGCUCAGCAACAGGUCACCGCAGGAUUUAGAGCAAGGAGACAGCAGAUGAUGGCGGCUCAAGGAGGCAUGCAACAGAUGAACGGCAUGCAGAACGGAAUUGGUAUGUAG